GUUGGCUGGCUGCGCCGCAUCCUUUCCGGCGCUCGUACUACUACGACAUCACUUUCAUCGCUUUUUUGUGCAUUCCGCAGAAAGCAUUUUCGGACGUUGCGUGGCACCGUUCUUCGAAACUGAUAUGAUAGUUGACACCGGGCGAAUCGCCUCUCACUAAAAGCAAAAAACAACGGUGGCCGACAUUCAAAGGAAUGCAGUCGGAUCCCCAGGGAUUAAUUCAGUUGUGUGCUAGCCUAUACGACCCACUAACCACCGAAAUUCAUGUCAGAGUCAUUGAAUAUUUGCAAAGGACAACACAGUGUGAAAAUGCUUUCAUUCUUUUGAUAUCUGAUGAUCAAGAUGAACUGACAUGUAAGGUAGUUGGUGAAAGAGUUCUAGAAGAGCCAGCCAAGCUUUUGGUCUCAAGUAACAGCUUCAGCUGUGCAUUGUCUGAACGACGGCCCAUCUCUUUGGAUGACAUACACCACGACCAUCGAGAGGAAGUCAGUCGCUUGAUAGGCUCCGUACUACAUUCACUGCUGUGUGUGCCCGUGCUGCACCCUAAGUACACUGACCGCGUGGUCAUGCUGCCCUGUGUGGUUAACAAGACCAAUGGCAAGGACUUCACUAAACGUGAUGAAGCUGUGGUGCGCGAGUGCUUCCAGUGCAUCACGCCCUGCCUCCUCAAAACAACUGCGUACGAAGAGGAACGUAGGCUCAGGGAAGAGUGCCAGUCACUCCUGUCGGUAGCCAAGAACCUCUUCACACAUCUUGAUGACGUCACAGUCCUGCUGAGGGAAAUUAUGGCUGAUGCCCGUAAGCUUACCAAGGCAGAAAGAUGUUCACUGUUCCUUUUGGACAAAGAGCAAAAUGAACUUGUUGCAAAGGUGUUUGAUGGGCACCUUGCAGAAGAUGGCUCUGAGGCAAUGACCGAAGUCCGAAUACCUGCCGACCAGGGCAUUGCAGGCCAUGUUGCUACUAGUGGAGAGCUCCUAAACAUCACCGAUGCCUAUGCUCAUCCCCUGUUUUACCGCAAAAUGGAUGAAACAACAGGCUUUAGAACAAGGAACAUCCUGUGCUUUCCUAUUAAAGAUGACUCUGGAGUAAUUGGUGUGGCAGAACUCUGCAAUAAGAUCAGUGGCAAAUGUUUUACCUUCUUUGACGAGGAAAUGGCCAAGGCAUUCUCAAUAUACUGUGGGAUCAGCAUCAUGCAUUCUCUGAUGUGGAAGAAAGUGCGUGACGCCCAGCACCGGAGCAAACUGUCCAAUGAGCUCAUGAUGUACCACAUGCUGGUGUCCAGCGAGGAUGUGAAGCAAUUGGUGAACAGUGAGGUACCUCCACUGACAUCGUUCAGUCCAGACUUUGCAAAAUUUUCAUACACUCCACGCGUUAUUCCAGACAAGACUACACUCGUAGUCGUGAUAGCCAUGUUUGAGGACCUUGGUUUUACCAGCAGAUUCAAAAUCCCCAGGGACUCACUGGCAAAAUUUGUGCUUAUGGUGAAGAAAGGAUACCGGGACCCUCCUUACCACAACUGGAUGCAUGCUUUUGCAGUAGCCCAUUUCUGCUACCUGCUCCUCAAGAAUCUCUCUCUUAUUGGGCCUUACCUCACUGAACUGGAAGGCCUUUCGCUGUUUGUGGCAUGCCUUUGCCAUGAUCUUGAUCAUCGAGGAACAAACAACUCUUUUCAGCUCACUUCUAAAUCCAUAUUGGCAUCAUUGUACAGUUCAGAAGGAUCAGUCAUGGAGCGCCACCAUUUCGCCCAGGCAAUGGCAAUACUGAACACAGAUGGGUGCAACAUCUUUGAGAACCUUUCCAGGCAGGAGUACACUGAUUGCUUGGAUCAGAUGCGUGACAUCAUCUUGGCAACAGACCUCGCUCACCAUUUCAGGAUUGUACAAGAGCUCAAGCUAAUGGUGGCUGAGGGCUACAAUUACGACAAUCGCAAGCAUCACAAUCUCCUCACGAGCAUGCUGGUCACGUGCUGCGAUCUCUCUGACCAGACAAAAGACUGGAAGAGUUCAAAGAAGAUUGCUGAACUCAUCUACAACGAGUUCUUUUCCCAAGGAGAUUUGGAGAAAGCGAUGGGUGUGAAGCCAAGUGAGAUGAUGGAUCGCGAGAAGGCAUACAUCCCUGAGCUGCAAAUCCACUUCAUCCAGACCAUUGUCAAGCCCAUAUUUGACCUUCUGGCCGAGAUGUUUCCAGCUGCGCGAGAGACUGCAGAAGCUGUGGACAACAACAAGAUGUACUGGGAGAGAGUCAGCGACAUCUGCAGGCGACGGUAUGCCAACAGUGCUUCUUCACUGGACCUUUUCGAAGAUGAGAAACUUGAGAAGGAAGUGCUGCGGUGCUUGGAAAAGAUUGAAGAGCACGAGUGAUCGCAGGCAACUAGAAAAAGCCGCUAGUUCAACAAGUCAGAAUGGCUAGGCCAGCAUUAGCCAGAAGCGGAUGCACUUCCCUGUGCUAUGCCCUCAAAAUCAAAACACUUUGCCCCCACCCCCUGCAUUGUGGGGGGCAGAGAACAGACGUCCAUGCCACCAGUGUUGUUAAACUUCCUCGCACCAGGAGCACACACCCACUCCCUCACCACUGCAUUCCAGACAAGCGGUUGCACUUGCGGCACUGCUACUCCCACAAUGCUACAUGCGGCCGGCCUAUACCGUCUGCCAAGGAGUCACAGCGGUGGGACCAAGCCACAGAAGAAAGCAAGCAAGCCUGGGACACCUGCUGGUCUUGGACUGCUUUAGCUCUGGCUAUGUGACAAGAAGCCAUGCCAUGUGCUAGUACUCAUUUGCAACACUUGCUUUUUAAGGAAGUCCUGGUGCUUGUUGUUGUUUGUACUCUAUUCUUUUGUUCUCAAUGAUUUGCCAGAGAAGAGACUGGAGGGAGGCACAAUUGUCCCUUCAUUACGGUUGCAUCACUUACUUGCCACCCUCCAGAUGAUUUCCGUCACCAUCGCCCAUUGUUAUUUAUAAUUCCCUGUACAUACUGUGUAUAUUACGAAUUUCUGUCUCCCAUUCUUUCACCUAAGUGUCCACGUGCUUGUCGCCGCCUGGCAAGUGUCACAUGGUGCUGUGCUUUACGAAGGAAACAAAACAAUGCCGCUGUUUCUUUUGAGUCGGUCAAAAGGCAGCUGGCUCUCUCGAGGCGGCAGCUUGUUGGCCUCCGAGGCCAACAACCUUGCAAGCAGCACACCCAAUAUGAGAUACUGGGAAUCGACACAAACGCUUCAUCAGCAAUACCACUUUUUUAGACCCAUUUUGCACAAACACACAUUCUACAUUAAGGACCCCCUUUCACACCCCCUUUUUGUGCCCACCACCUUUCAGGCAUUGCAAUCACCAUUUGUCAGUGUUGCCCCAGCCAUUUCGCCAAGGCUCAACACGCGUGAAGUACAGAGACUGCAACACACACCUUGCUCACUGUAACUAUAGUUGUCUCGUAGAGUUUGCAUUUCCUCCUGUUGUGCCUCUUUUAUUGGACAGAAUCGGUAGCUAUGUGUUGCCGCUUGUCACCGACUGCACUUCCACUUGCUGCGGAACCUGUCCAAAUCUGGUGCACCCAGUGAGACUGAACUUGCUGUGUACAGUGCAUUUAUGGGAGCAGCAAUUAUAUUUUCAUGUGCCGUAGUUUACAGCAUUUCUAGGCUUCAGCAAUGUGAGGUUGUCUGGUUAACGCUUCGACAUGUCUCUUAGAAUUCGGUGUUGGGAACACACCAUUUUCAGUGAGGUUGAGACUCGAGAAAGACUGGUGUUUCCAAUUUGUUAUCUUCUUGCAAGAGCACACCAGCCUGCAAUUUCUGCAAGCUAGAACACACACACAAGUGCAAGGCAAGAUAUUCCACUUCAUUUAACAUGUCCAUGUGUUCAUCACUUCUCUGUACAAAGUUUGAAGAAAGGAUAAGAUCCUCAGGGGUUGUUUAACAAAACUCGCAUAUAAAUAUUAUAUAUAAAUAUAUAAAUAUUAUAUAUACAUAUAUUGAGAGAUUUUAAGUGUCAAUAAAUGUUGUGCGUACAUGUUCCCUG